AUGGGAGAUUUUAAUGAUCUGAGAUCGAAUGAGGAGAAGUGGGGAGGAAGAGAUAGAGCUGAAGGAAUUUUCAGAGAGUUCAACAGGUUUAUAAGAGUCAAUAACCUGGUUGAUCUAGGAUAUCAAGGUGUACCAUGGACAUGGUGUAAUAGCUGGGAGGGGGAUGGUGAGGUGAAAGAGAGGUUGGACAGAUGUCUAUGUAGUACUGAAUGGAUGCAAAGAUAUGAGAAGGCACAGUGCAAUCAUGUUGAAACAGAAGCAUCAAAUCAUCUUAUGCUAAUUGUUGAUACUAAUCUAGAUAACAAAAGGGCAAAAAGGAGGUUUUACUUUGAUCAAAGAUGGACCAAAAAUCCAGAAACAAAGAAUGUGAUUCAAGGAGCAUGGAGGAAAGAUCAUUCAGGGUCCAGAAUGUUCAAAGUGGCCAGGAAAAUAAGGGAAUGUCACAUUGCUAUUCUAGAAUGGAGGGAAAAAGUGCAAGGAAACUCCAACGUAAGAAUAAAGAAGUUAAAAGAGAAACUAUCCAAGGUGAGAGAAGGGAAUGGUGCUGGUAAAAGUGGACAAGUCGUUGAGCUAAAAUCCCAGUUGAGUAAAGCAUACAAAGAGGAAGAGCUGUAUUGGAGUAAAAAAUCAAGGAGCAAAUGGCUCAAAGAAGAGGAUAGAAAUACAGCUUUCUUCUAUUCAACUGUAAUGGCAAAGAGGAGGAGAAACACUAUUAGUACCUUGCAGAAAAAUGAUGGGACAUGGUGCAAGAAUGAACAAAAGAUAGAGGAGGAAUUUAGUGAGUACUACAAAGACCUCUUUGCCACCACAAACCCGGACAACUUUGAGGAUAUCCUAGCAGAGAUACCAAGCACUAUUUUUGGCCAAAUGAAUGAGCAGCUGAUAAGACCAGUGGAGGAAAAUGAGAUUAGGCAAGCUUCGUUCUCCAUGCAUCCUAAUAAAGCACCAGGGACAGAUAUGUUUUACUCCUUCAAUCUAAAUGGACAAAAAGUAGGUAAUAUCCAGCCUAGUAGAGGGAUUAGACAAGGUGACCCUUUAUCACCAUAUCUGUUCAUUAUUUGUGCUGAAAGGCUGUCUUGUCUUAUUCACAAAGCAGUGGCGAAGAAAGAACUCACUGGAAUCAAAAUAUGCAAGGACAGCCCAACCAUUUCUCACAUAUUUUUUGCAUAUGACUCUCUACUAUGUUGCCAAGCAACCAAACAGGAGGCAAGGAAAGUUAAAAGCAUUCUGAAAAAGUACGGCAAAGCAUUAGGACAGGUAGUAAACUUUGACAAAUCAGCUAUUUUCUACAGCAAGAAUACUACUAACCAGAGGAAGAAAGAGGUGAAGGAGGAAUUGGACAACAUGAAAGAGGCAAGGAAUGGAAUAUACUUGGGGCUCCCAAUGGCAAUUGGAAGAUCUAAGACACAAGUUUUUGGAUUUGUAAAGAGAAAAAUCAACAAGAAGCUUCAAGGUUGGAAACAAAAGCUACUGAGUCAAUGGGGCAAGGAAAUACUCAUCAAAUCAGUAAUUAUGGCAAUGCCAACAUAUGUAAUGGCUUGCUUUAGUCUCCCUAGAGGUUUAUGUAGACAAAUCACAGCCAAAAUAGCAAGGUUCUGGUGA